CACGGGUGAGCGGCGCACCUUGCGUCAUUUUUUAAUUGAUUAUGUUUAAACCGUAAUUCCACAACCAACAAUCAUGGGAAAGACUUCAAACGAAGCUGAUGUUAUUUCGGCUCUACAAGCUAUAGAGCGAGACCCAAAAUUAUCAAAUCGAGAGGCUGCUCGAAUCUAUAAUAUCGCCGAAACAACACUCCGCCGCCGACGCAACAAAAUCCCUUGCCGAGCUGAUACGACUUCAAAAUCUCGAAAAUUAACAAAUGACGAAGAAAAUACUAUAAUUCAAUAUAUUCUCAAUCUUGAUGCUAGAGCUCAGCCUCCUCGCCUCCGUGACGUUGAAGCUAUGGCGAAUCGCUUAUUGGAGCUGCGUCACGACAUUCCAGUUGGACGGAACUGGGUUGCAAGCUUUAUUAGACGACACCCCGAAGUUGUUACGCGUUUAUCACGUCAAAUCGACUAUAAAAGAGUCCGAUGCGAAGAUCCAGAUAAAUAUCGAGCCUGGUUUGAGCUUGUAAAGAACACAAUCGCGAAAUAUGGCAUAUACGAAGCGGAUAUUUACAACUUUGACGAGACUGGCUUUGCAAUGGGCGUGAUUUCACCGGAAAUGGUUGUAACGAGCUCAGAAAGAUCUCAAAAGGGGCGCAAAGCACAACUAGGAAAUAAACAAUGGGCGACUUUGAUUGAAUACAUCAGUGCAGGUGGCUACAUGAUUCCGCCCUUUGUCAUUGUCGCGGGCAAAACCCACCUCUCGUCUUGGUACGAAAAUAGCCCAUUGCCCAGCAAUUGGGCGAUUGGUGUUACUGAAAAUGGCUGGAAUACGAAUGAAAGAUGCUUAGAUUGGCUCUAUUAUUUUCAAAAACACGAAAGUCACCAAUCGACGGAUUUUCAGCUAUAUUGCCAGCAAAACGAUAUAAUUACAUUAUGUAUACCGUCCCAUACGUUAUAUAAGCUUCAACCGCUUGAUGUGGCCUGUUAUGGACCUCUAAAACAAGCAUAUAAUAAUGUAAUUAGUGAUCUUAUGCGCGCAUACGUUACCUAUAUUACUAAGGAAGAAUUCUUCCUAGCUCUUUACGCAGCACAUAAAGCUACUAUGACUGAAUCAAAUAUACUAGGAGGUUUUAGAGGCACUAGGCUUGCCCUAUUCAAUCCAGAAUAUGUGAUUUCACAAUUAGAUACGAAAUUCUCGACAUCUUCACCUCCUAGAUCAUCGGAUAGGCUCGAGCUACCUUGGCUUCCCAAAACACCUAGCAACCCAAACGAAGCUCUAUCGCAAACAGAAUAUAUUAAAAAAAGAAUCCGAAAUCAUAGAAGCAGCUCACCAUCCGAUUUAAUUGAGAAUCUUAAUCAAAUGUCAAAGUGCACAACCAGUGCUAUACAGAAGAUGGUCCUAAUGCAGCACCGAAUCGAUGAGCUUGAAGAGGCUAAUAACCGCCUCUCACGACAGAAACGCGUUACGAAAAGACAAUUACAGAGUGGAGGAACACUUACAGUAGAUUCUGGCAAAAUCUAGCUGCUCAAGCCUCUUCUAGAGUAAAAAGAGAACGCGACGAAGUUGAAAAUAUAGGUCGACGGAAGCGGGUGGAAACACGGCGCAGACGCUGUGGAAAAUGCAGCGAAAUAGGACAUAAUUCUAGAACAUGUGAAAAUGAAGUGGAAACCAUUUCUUCAGAUAGCUUAUAUUAAAAAUUUUAUUUUUAAUUGUAUUUAG